AUGUCCCAGUCGACCGCCGACACACUCCCCCCUCAGUCCCCCCAGAAUCGUUUGGCUCAAACAACAGCUGCUGUUUCAACCUCCUCGCUGGCCACACCUCAUUCGUACGUUCUAGCCUCCCGCAAACCACAGAGUUCCGCCGUGCUACAGGGUAGUUUAAUCCCCCGAGACUACUUGAGCUCGUUAUCCAGCUCGAAGCCGACGCCAGCACAGCAGAGUAAGAUCGAGGACGACGACGACGACGACUUGUAUGGGAAGGCGCCUACACCUCAUGAUUUUGGAAAGAGACUCGUUAAACACACACCGGAGGGUGAGGCUGCCCUGACACGGGAGAAGAGCAACGACAGCACUGCGCCGUUUAACGAGCAGGAGUCAAGCGUAUCAUCUGGUUCUCAGGGCCAAAAGGACCAAGGGGUUACAGCUCUCUCUGAAUCCCCAAAGUCGUACGCUUCUUCCUCGACCAGUGUGCACCCACCAAAUAACAUGCCGCGGACAUCCUCCAUCGACUCUGCCAUAUCUAAUAUCUCCAACCCUUCGCACGCCCAAAGACAUCCUGGGGACGUCAAGGAACCCACAAGAGAUGAAGUGCACAAUCUCAUUGCCACGGCUGGGUCUGCGGAGAAUCUAAUCCAACACCUCCUCAAGGAUAAAAGUCACGCUGCGGCUCAAAAUGCCCAACUGUGGAAACUCGUUGACAAGCAGAGGGCACUCUUGUUGGGUCUGAACAAAGACCUCGAGCGGUUGACGAAAGAGAGGGACAGAUACAGGAAGAAAAUCAAGGAACUGCAGCCUCAGCCCUCUGCGUCGCAGGCGGACCGUCUCCGGCAUGAAGAAGGAAACUCGCCUCAGUCCGAGGGGGAAAUAUCGAUCGUCCCCAAGGAUUCUGGACAGGGAACAAGCUUUAGGGCAGAAGGGCACACUCUGAGCAAUAGCGUUGGCACUAUCCAGAUGCAGAGCUCACCCAUCGAUGCUGCCAUGAUGCCAUCACCCCUUCACCUACAGCAGCAGGGACCAAAAAUGCAGAGCUUGGCCACUCAGCUGGCACAACCCUCGUUUGCGCUCACCGAGGCAACUCCGCUCGCAGAGAAGCCAGCGAAAUCUUUCCAGGCAUCCAGGAAAGCACCGCCCAAACCGCUUGACCUGCGCCCAGCAAAAGAGGACUUGCAAGCUCACCAAGUCAUAGUCCCGAACGAGGCGAUUGUCAGUGGGGACGAAGACGAGGAAGAGCGGGAACAUGUCCAGAGAGGGCGAAGGAAAACUCGUGAGGAAGAUGACCGAGACCGCGAACUUCUUGCCCUGAAAGAGCAGGAAGCGAGAAGUCGGUCUAAAAAGGAGAAAAAGGCAAAGCCUGAAGGAGAACAAACCACUGCCCCGGAUCAGAUGCCUCAUCCAGCGGCUGUCGCUGAAGUUAGCCAACCCUUACCUUUGAGACAAGAUCACCUUUCCCCUGCCUCGAUCACGUCAGGCUCAACAGGAUCUUCUGCUCAACUAUCGCUACCUUUACGAAGUCCCGGUCUUCCAAUGAGCCCUCGUCCUAUGAUGGGAUCUGUGCUUCCCAUGUCGCCACGUGCUCCUGGAGGUAACUUUCCACUUUCACCUCGCGCGCCAAAGAUGCCUUUACCUAUGCCAACGACACCUGGUCAACAAGCACCUAACCCCCAGAUGUUGGCACAAGCACAAGCGGCUGCUUCUGAUUCUCAUAAGAAGACAGGUCCUUCGUCCCUGUCGAAGAUGAACACUACCGCUGGUGCUGAGUUGGAUCGAGGUCAGAUCCAUGAGUCUCCCCUGAGUCCGGGUGACGUGCCGGUAGUGAGUCGUGGGCUUGUUGAUCCGAGUUGGCCUGACCUGCUACUGCCACCAAACGCCUUACCCUCGAUCCAAGUGAAAGUCGCUUCUUCUCGAUUGCGACCCUCGAGAAACAGCAUGCUGGGACUGAGGAUGCCAGAGGAAAACGCUGUUUUCAGCCUAUCGGUCUUUGAGCGUGCUACAUCAUCUGAGCUUUGGCGCGUGGAAAAAAUUCCCACUUCACUUCCAAAUCUAGAACAACAACUGAGAUCUCAUUGUUCCGAUCUACCAAAACUUCCCGACCGAAAACUCUUUUCAGGUCACUCACCCGCUGUUGUUGACUCGAGAAGAAAUGCGAUUAAUGACUACUUUGAAGACUUGCUGGAUACCCCUAUGGAUGAACAGGCAGCUGCGAUCGUCUGCCGAUUUUUGUCGGCAGAUGUCAUGGAACGCCAACUCACCAGCAUCUCACAUGAAAAAGAGGAUGCACAAAGCAAGCAGGCACCACAAUCGCACUCGGGCAUUCCAACCAAAUCCGGAUACUUGACCAAAAAGGGAAAGAAUUUUGGAGGAUGGAAGUCCCGAUACUUUGUUCUCGACAGUCCAGAGCUGAGAUAUUUCGAAGCACCUGGUGGUGCACACCUCGGUACAAUCAAGUUAUUGAACGCCCGCAUUGGCCGACAAUCACAAUCCGAGCCCUCCUCUAAUGCAGAGGUGGACUCAGAAAACCAAUACCGUCACGCUUUUCUUAUCCUCGAACCCAAGCGCAAGGACAUGAAUAGCCAUGUUCGUCAUGUGCUUUGCGCCGAAAGCGAUGCUGAGCGGGACGAAUGGGUGGAGACGUUGUUGCACUACAUCGACGAGAGACCCGUGGAGCCAAGACCGCAAUAUGGGGCGGGCAUCCAGUCUUCGCACGCCAAGGAGGUGAAAGGGCCUCAAAGAUUGGGCUAUGAAGACGCAGAGUCUAAAUCAAAUGGAAGUCCACACACCCAUAGCAACACGCCUUCACCCUCGAUCGCGUCUAGCCAAACCCCGGAACUCCUCCAGGAAACUGCGCAAACCUCCAAACCGUACAAUAUCUCGGGCCCCAUGAACGGCGCUGUCAUUUCGGAUGCUGGAAGCUGGGGCAACAAAUCUGCGAGUAACAAUAGUGGGAGCAAAGAGCGUGAGCAGAAGAAGCGCAACCUGUUCCAUUUCCGGAAGCCGUCAUACGAGCAACUAGCCACGGCGCAACCGGCUCAUCCCAAGAGGUCGGAGCUCAAUGCUCACCGAGGUGGGCACGUUAGACCGGUGUUCGGAAUGCAACUCCAGGAGGCAGUAGAGUACUACUCACCGGUGGACGCGGAGGUCUAUCUUCCAGCCGUGGUGUAUCGCUGCAUCGAGUUCCUUCGCACCAAGAAUGCUGCCAAUGAAGAAGGCCUGUUCAGACUUAGCGGGUCGAACAUUGUGAUCCGGCUGCUCAAAGAUCGGUUCAAUACAGAAGGUGAUGUUGAUCUCCUGGCUGAAGAUGAGGACUACGAUGUGCACGCUGUAGCCUCGCUGUUCAAAACAUAUCUACGCGAACUACCGUCGACGAUUUUGACCCGCGAAUUACAUCUUGAAUUUCUGAAAGGGCUGGAAUUGCCAGAGAAGUCACAAAAGAUUGCGACAUUCAACGUUCUGGUACAUCAACUCCCGAGUGCGAAUUUCUCCCUGUUGCGCACGCUUUCACAGUAUCUGCUUGAGGUGGUGCAGAAUUCGGAACGGAACAAGAUGACCAUCAAGAAUGUUGGAAUCGUGUUUUCUCCGACCCUCAACAUCCCGGCGCCCUUGUUCGCCUUGUUCCUGACGGAUUUUGAGGCGAUAUUCGACAAACCCACCGACGGGGAGUCUGUUCGGUCGACCGAGAUUGAGCGUGGGGAGGGGGCACUUACGCCAGAAGACAUCCGAUCUCCGCGACGGCAGAUGUUCACUGACUUGCCGACGCCCAUGUACAAUCAAGACAGUUUUGCUCACAAUGCCCGAGUUACCCACGCAAGUGCACGAGCUGAGUAUCAACUUGAUCCCUCGCAUGACCUGGGAUUUGCACCGAUCCAACCAUCGUACGAGUCUCGCCAAUAUGUAUCGAUUCCACACGAGAUGCCGAUGAGCGCACCCAGAUACCCGCCACCACAGCCUCCCCAGCAAUAUGGGGGAAGCAGUCAGUACGGAGGCUCAAACAAUAUGAUGGCUCCAGAAAACGCAGCCAGUGCCAGAGCACGACGCCGCGAGAGCUCGAUGUUGUUCAUGUGA